AAAAAAGCAAAAAGAGUUUAUUAUUAACUUCUUAAGUGAACAUAAAGUGUUACUGGGAGGGAAAAUGAAUCCUCUUAAUUUAGCGAAAACAAAUAAAUUGUGGGAGGAACUGACUAAAGCCGUAAAUGAGCGUGGCCCUCCAAAAACUAUAAAGCAAUGGAAAGAGAGCAUCAGUGAAAUGAAAACAAAUGUCCGUAGACGAGCUAGGGAUGUCCGAUACGGCACAACUGGCACGGGUGGUGGUUCAGGUGUAAAACCUUUAUCAGAGUUAGAAGAACGUCUUAUUGCACUUCUGUCACAUUUGACCGUGGAAGGAGAUGCCCUGCCGGAGGCUGGAGUGCCUGUCAGUAAAGAACUGAACAUUGAGCAAAUGCCGGUAUUUAUAAUGGAUGAUGAACAUUUGGAAGACAAUAAUGAAAACCCUUUGAAUGAUGAUAUGACAGGCGGAGAUAACAUACCAACAGACAGGUCUAAUAUGAAAGGAGUGCAAAGCAAGACAAUAAUAAAGCGAAAAAUGUUAAAUCAAAGUAAGGGUGCUCUUGAACUACACGAUAAAACACUUAGACAACUGGCCCAGUCAAAUUACAGAUUAGCACAAGCUAUCCAAGCUUUGGCAGGGGCCCUUAAUAGAAUGACACACAAAUUAUGA